AUGGCCCUAGUUGAGCUGAAAGAGCUGAAGAUAUGGGCAUUGCGAGUUCAUGGUAAUGUCUUUUGGCUUGACAAAUGCAUCUGCUGUAUUUUUGGAUCUGAUGAACAGCAAGGUAAAAUGGUUGCUUAUGUCUCUCGCCAGUUGAAGAAUCAUGAACAGAACUACCCUACCCAUGAUUUAGAAUUGGCAGCAGUGGUCUUUGCACUAAAGUGUGGAGACACUACUUGUAAGGCAAAUGUGGUAACUGAUGUACAUAGUAGGAAGAUAUCACAUUCAGCAGCACUUAUUACUGAGCAAGUUCCGUUGCACAGAGACUUUGAGAGAGCUGAGAUUAAGCGUCGCCUAGCAGAAACAGGGCAAGAUGAAGAGUUCUCCAUAUCGUCUGAUGAUGGGUUUAUGUUUAAAAAAUGGUUGUACGUGCCUUCAAAUAGUACAGUUAAGAUAGAGCUUUUGACUAAGGCUCAUAGUUCGCCAUUUUCUAUGCAUCCUAGCAGUACCAAGAUGUACUAG